GAAAUCUCGGGUCACCAGGCAGCCCGGGAGUGGGAAAUGCUUCCUGGAGCGCAGAGGAGGACACGAGUCAUGUGACGACGGCGUUGGAGGAACCUACCUGCGAAGCUGUGACUGAAGUGGCAGCCAAGAGAACCGGGCAGCCCAGAAACCCAAGAGUGCAGACCCACCCUGCCGGAGAAAGGGCUCAUCAUGGCGGAUGGAAUUAUCUGGGGAGCACCUCCAACCCAGGCAUCAGUGUUACUUCUACACUCCCCAAGUGUUUUCCAUAACUAGUGUUGAGAACCACUGCAAUUAUGACUUCAGAGAGGAAGAAGAAGAUUGUUAUUGGCGCUGUGUAGAACCGUGCAGGAUAGAAAUGGGAGACCAGCAUACCAUUUGGGAGGCUAAUGACCUAAAGCGAUUCCUGUAUAAGAAAUUACCAAGUGUUGAAGGGCUUCAUGCUAUUGUUGUGUCAGAUAGAGAUGGAGUACCUGUUAUUAAAGUGGCCAAUGAUAAUGCUCCAGAGCAUGCUUUGAGACCUGGUUUCUUAUCUACAUUUGCCCUUGCAACAGACCAAGGGAGCAAACUUGGACUUUCCAAAAAUAAAAGCAUCAUCUGUUAUUAUAACACCUACCAGGUGGUUCAAUUCAAUCGUUUACCUUUGGUGGUGAGUUUCAUAGCCAGCAGUAAUGCCAAUACAGGACUAAUUGUCAGCCUAGAAAAGGAACUUGCUCCAUUAUUUGAAGAAUUGAGACAAGUUGUGGAAGUUUCUUAAUCUGACAGUGGUUUCUAUAUAUAUCUUAUAUUCAUUAUAACAAACACAAUACAGAGUAUCAAUCCAGAAAUCUGUAGAUCACAACAAUACUUAUAUCAAUGUAUACAUGAAAGGAGCCCCUUUCCACCUUAUACUAAAGAAAGAGCCUAUAGAUAUAACUAACGGAUUUGAUUGUCAUCUUUUUUUGCGUAAGGUCUUUACUUAGUGAUAUCUGGAAAUGCCACAAAUAUAGUUCAGUCUAUCACAGCUCCCAUGGAGUUAGUCCAGUCACCAAAUAUGCAUGAGAUUCUGUGUGGUGGGUCAGAAUCAAAAUGGUACUUUGAACCACUUGAGCCGUUAAGUGUUCCCUAUUGUACAGUAUGCCCAGGCCUUCAGAAUGAAGCAGGCCUUUUUUUAUUGUGAAUAAUAAUAAGGACGUAUUUUUUCUUCAUACUGUUUUACUUCUUUGCAUUGAGUGUGAGAAAGAUAAAAUGGCUUAGUAAAAGUAAUAAAACCAAUACAAUCACUAACUUUCCUAUGUAUAUAUUAUUUUGCAGUAUAGAUGAAUAUUAUUAAUUGACUUGAUUCUUCUCAGAGGGUGCUGCUUUUUAAUGAAAAUGAAAAUGAUAGCUAAUGGGUUUUUCUGCUUUAUAUAACCCAUCAGUGUUUUAGUGUUGGUGUGUUCUUCAUAAAAUUAGAUAUGAUUUGUUAUCAAACUUUUGAAUGUAAGUAUGUAUGUAAACGAUAGUACAACCAUUUUUUUCAUACAUGAGUAUAAAUAAAAUAGUAUUUUUAAAAGUAUA